AUGACCCUUCACAAACGUGUUACUAACAAAUGGUCUCCAUCUAAAGGUCCCAUCUUAGUCCACUGUAGUGCUGGUGUAGGUCGUACUGGUACAUUUAUUGCUGUGGAUAUAGCUUUGAACAAGCUAAGAUUCCUUGUUACACUUCGUGAGACACAUGGUUAUGUUCAUGCAUCUUUUUUAAAUGGUUAUCGUGAGAAGAAAGCAUUCAUUAUAGCUCAGAGUCCAAUGGAGAACACUAGCAGAGACUUUUGGAAGAUGAUAAUGGAUUAUAAAGUGUCUGCUAUUGUCAUGUUGUGUAAAUUAGAAGAGAAUGGAGAG